AGACUUCUUCCCAAGAACUUUUGAGACCCGCUCCAACAAUCUCUCCCCCCAAACAUAGAGAGAGAAUAAAAGAAAAAGAAAAUGGCCUCCGUUUCUUCUGCGAAUUCCAUUCUCUCCCCUCUUUUUACCUCCCCUUCUCCUUCUUCUUCACCUUCACCUUCACCUUCACCUUCACCUUCACCCAAAUCCUCCCACCUUUCCUUCCUCCAUACCUCCACACCAAACACCAUUUCCUUACAAAUCAAUCAGUCUCACUCUCACUCUCGCUCUAAACUCCCAUCUCAUCCUUUGCUAGUUCGAAACGUUCUCAACGUCGUCGAAUCGCCGGAGAUAGUGAUCUCCAAACGCCGAGAUCUUGAUUUUACGGCAACACAGUCAAAGCCGACGAUCCUCGUCUCGGAGAAGCUCGGCAAGGCCGGUCUCGAGCUGCUUCGGAGCAUCGGCAACGUCGACUGCUCGUACGGUCUCUCGCCGGAGGAGCUCUGCUCCAAGAUCUCGCUGUGCGAUGCGUUGAUUGUGAGGAGUGGGACGAAGGUCACGCGGGAGGUGUUUGAGGCAGCCAAGGGACGCUUGAAGGUGGUGGGAAGGGCUGGUGUGGGGAUCGACAAUGUGGAUCUUCAGGCAGCCACCGAGUUCGGAUGCCUCGUCGUCAAUGCGCCGACCGCCAACACCAUCGCCGCCGCCGAGCACGGCAUUGCGUUGCUCGCCGCCAUGGCGCGUAAUGUGGCUCAGGCCGAUGCUUCCAUGAAAUCUGGAAAAUGGCAACGGAACAAGUAUGUUGGUGUUUCUCUGGUUGGGAAGACAUUAGCAAUUAUGGGAUUUGGAAAAGUUGGAUCUGAAGUUGCAAGACGAGCGAAAGGCCUCGGGAUGCAUGUCAUUGCGCAUGAUCCAUACGCCCCAGCUGAUAGAGCCCGUGCUGUUGGUGUUGAUUUGGUUUCCUUUGAUCAGGCCAUCUCCACUGCAGAUUUCAUUUCACUCCAUAUGCCGCUCACUCCUACUACCUCAAAGGUAUUCAAUGACGAAGCUUUUGCAAAGGUGAAGAAGGGAGUCAGAAUCAUAAAUGUUGCCAGGGGAGGUGUUAUUGAUGAAGAUGCAUUAGUGAGGGCGCUUGAUAGUGGCGUAGUUGCACAGGCAGCACUUGAUGUGUUCACGGAGGAGCCCCCGCCCAGUGAUAGCAGAUUAGUGCAACAUGAGAAUGUCACGGUCACUCCUCAUCUUGGAGCUAGCACAAAGGAAGCACAGGAAGGUGUUGCUAUUGAAAUAGCUGAGGCUGUUGUUGGGGCGUUGAGCGGGGAACUUUCCGCAACCGCUGUCAAUGCUCCUAUGGUCCCUGCUGAGGUUAUCUCAGAGUUGGCUCCUUAUGUUGUUCUAGCCGAGAAGCUGGGUAGGUUAGCAGUACAGUUAGUGGCCGGGGGGAGUGGAAUUCAAUCCGUGAAGAUGAUUUACAGAACAGCUCGAGACCCGGAUGACUUAGACACAAGGCUUCUCCGGGCAAUGAUCAUAAAAGGCAUCAUUGAGCCAAUAUCCGACUCAUAUAUCAAUCUGGUGAAUGCAGAUUUCACAGCGAAGCAGAAAGGUCUCCGCAUCAGUGAGGAACGAGUGGUUGUUGACUCAUCCCCUGAGCACCCUGUUGAUUCCAUUGAGGUGCAAAUAAGCAAUGUGGGGUCAAAAUUCGCAAGUGCUUUGUCGGAGAAUGGAAAUAUUAGCAUAGAGGGGAGAGUGAAGUAUGGGAAACCUCAUCUAUCACGUGUGGGAACGUUUAGUGUGGACGUGAGCCUGGAAGGAAACCUCAUACUCUGCUGUCAAGUGGACCAACCUGGCAUGAUCGGACGAGUUGGAAACAUUCUUGGGAAGCAUAAUGUGAACGUGAGCUUUAUGAGUGUGGGAAGGACUGUUAAGAGGACAAAGGCCAUCAUGGCAAUUGGCGUCGAUGAAGAACCAGACAAGGAUACCCUCAAGAAAAUAGGGGAGGUACCCGCCAUUGAAGAGUUUGUUUUCCUUAAUCUAUAGGGUACAUUGACAAAAAAUGCCGGGUUAAUUGGAAGGAAUGGAGUUAAUAAACUUGUAGAUCUUGAGAAAACCCGUAUUUGCUUUGCUAUGGCAGACAUGAGAAUAAGAACUGGUUGGCACACAACUAAAGUGGUCACCUCUGCCGGUCCAUGGUUGCUGGAAUUUGAGCUUAUACAGUGAUAUUAUGUCGCCCUGCUAGAUUCAGUAUUCUUGUUGGUUAUGGUCAGGUGGGUGCGUUCCUUUGUCUACUUAAGUCGUUUGUAAAGUUUCUUGUGGUUGUCUUUAUGGUUGGUGGUGGCGGUGGCGGUGGUGGCGGUUGUAUUGGUAGUGUCUAUGGCCUUGUGGAAUCUCUAGUUGAGUUUCACCUAAUGAUGAAGCUUUGUUUUUCUACUGUAACCUUUUCUAAGGGUAGCCUCAGGUGAUAUCCCACAUGUAAUCUGUGUUUGAUCAAUUUUAGUGAGAUGUGAUAAUUCUAUUAA